GCAUGAGCAUAUAUUCGGUGCGUGGAAUCAAAUAAUCAUUAUAUAUCAGUGUUAUCACCAUCUUCUUCCAUUGCAAGAUCCAAGAAAGCUCCAUGGAAGAGUUCUGGAAAGACAUUAAUCACGUUCCUCUCAUCAGUCCCCACUAUGUUCCUUCCUCUUCCUCCUCAUCACCCUCUCCUUCUCCUUCUUCAGCCUCCAAGCUCCAUGGAUUCCUCGCCCAGCCCCCUCGCAUUGACUCGUCUUCUUCCUCUUCUGCUAAUCCCAAAUUUGCCUCCUCCGCUUCUCUUGUCCCUUGCUCCACCCACAAGAGGCUCUCCGAAUCUGACUGCGACAGGCGAAGCAAGCGUAUGAUCAAGAACCGCGAAUCCGCUGCUCGAUCUAGGGCUCGCAAGCAGGCUUACACGAAUGAGUUGGAGCAAGAACUCGCUCUCUUAAAGGAAGAGAAUGCGAUGCUCACAGAACAGCUACAACGGAUGGAUGAUGCUCCUACAACGAGCGAACAGAAGCUGAAGAAGCCUCCGUCUCGAACAUUGACUGCUCCAUUUUAAGAAAUCUUAGCUUGCAAGUUCCGGCCUUGGUUUUGUACAAAUCCGAAUGUCUGGGAGUGGAUUCUCUGCAGCCAUAUUUUUAUACAGAGUGCUUCAGAUUCGGCUGCACAGAAGUCUGCAAAAAAAUUAGCUGCAAAGGAUUCAUUUCCUUAUGAUGAUAUUGGAAUUGAUGAUGGGUUCUGUGAUGUACUUGGCUACUUGCUGCUGUUGUUUAUAGAUCAUCUUUCAAAGAAAAGGUCAAUAGAUAUAUGUACCAUAUUAUUUGUCAUUUAUGUCAGUAUUAGUAUGCCGUUAGAUACUUAGAUCUUGUGUGUUUUGUUAUCAAUGUGUAAGUCAUGAUGUUAUUUAUUAGUUGAUGAA